UAAAGUGCUGGGAUUACAGGCGUGAGCCACCGCGCCCGGUCUGUAUAACGGUUUUAGAUGGCAAGGAAGCAAGUUGUAGUUUUCGGUCCAGCAGUAAUAGUAACAAACAUAGUGCUGACAGACACUGCUAAACGCUUUACGCUUUAUAUAAUCUCCUGUAAUCCUCGUAACGCCAUUAGGUAGACCUAUUAUUACUGUAUACCCAUUUUAUGGGUAAUGAAGCCGCAGUACAGAGGGGUUAAAUAACGUCUUCAAGGAUCCAUCGACGGAGCAAAGCAGACGGAAUCGCAGCUACCUGUUUUACCACUCUAAGUCCUCAACAAACACUUGCACCUACAUGUGAGAGCCAAAACCAUAGCCUCCAAAUUUUUCCACAGAGCGAAAAGGUUCCGUGCAAUUUUUCUGUCUUCCUCCUCAGAGACGCAGCAGAGCCGCGCCGGAAGUACGGCGCCUUCGCUAGAGCGGACGCCAUAGGUGCAUUGUGGGAAGCACUUUAUUGUCCACAGCGAAGCUGUUUGUGAUGAAACUGUAACUUACCAAAAAAAGGGCUGGGUUUUGAAAAUGAUACAGGCUCUAAAAACCCUGGAAGCGCUGCAACUUUUGGCAGGAAUCGGGGUUAGCAGGACCUCAGCGGCUCACUGCGGCUAAGUGAACGCUGACUGUCUGGGUCCUCCAGCGUGAGUUAGAACAGACAUCUCUAUGGUCAAGGAAACAGAGCGAGUGCUGUCUUCCCCAUGUGUUGGGGUUGCGCAUGAUCAGUAGCUGCACCACUAGAAAGAUGGCGGAGCAAGAGCAAAGAAAAAUCCCUUUGGUUCCAGAAAAUCUGCUGAAAAAGAGGAAGGCUUAUCAAGCCCUCAAAGCCACCCAGGCAAAGCAGGCACUUUUGGCAAAGAAGGAGCAGAGGAAAGGAAAAGGGCUCAGGUUUAAGCGACUGGAAUCAUUCCUACAUGAUUCCUGGCGGCAGAAACGUGACAAGGUGCGUCUCAGACGACUAGAAGUGAAACCUCAUGCCUUGGAAUUGCCAGACAAACAUUCCUUGGCCUUUGUUGUACGCAUGGAAAGGAUUGAUGGCGUGAGUUUAUUGGUGCAGAGAACCAUUGCAAGACUUCGCCUAAAGAAAAUUUUUAGUGGUGUCUUUGUAAAAGUCACCCCCCAGAACCUAAAAAUGCUGCGUAUAGUGGAACCUUAUGUGACCUGGGGGUGAGUGAGGUUUUCCAUGUGAAUUCACAUUAGAUUUCUAUUUGAGUGUGUCAGGCUGCACCGGGUAUUGCUCUCCAGGGCUCAUGUUGCUGUAGAAGGGACAUUUUGCUGUGACCUCAGCCAGCCUGAAAUCAGUGGGUAGCUGUAACAACCAUGGGACACGGGGUAGGGAGGGGUCUUAAGAGUACCAUGGUAGGGCUGGUGCCGUCGUAGGCUAAGGCUGGGUCAAGGAGAGAUCAGUUCUUGGAAGUCUUAAAGCAGAGCUAAAGGCAGUGCUUGUAUAAGAGUAGUAUUCCUGGCCGGCCAUGGUGGCUCAUGCCUGUAAUCCCAGCACUUUGGGAGGCCGAGGCGGGUGGAUCACAAGGUCAGGAGAUUGAGACCAUCCUGGCCAACAUGGUGAAACCCCAGUC